UUUCAGAAUAACGGAUCGUCGGCUUGUCGGUGUUCUUCCCACCCCUUAUGCAUCAAUUUUUCCUGUUUCAUAAGAUAUCGUCGCCCACAAGUUUCCAAAAUGCGGAAAAUGCUACUUUUUUGCAUCCUUCUACUCUUUAUGCCUCAAUUUACAGAAUCGUGUCUCCCUUCGUGGUUUCGUCAAGAACGUAGUGCUCCCGAACAGCUUCAAUCUGCAGAGAAUGCAGCUGAAAAUAGUGGCUCUGUACCACCCGAUACUUCUCGAAAUUCUCUAGAAACAAACGAAAUAGGUGAUGCACCGUCGUCGACUUCGACACCUGAAACACCUACUGAAACUACGAUUUCCGAAGCUGGAGACGAUGAAAAACGAACUGAAGAGGUUGCAAAAGAAUUAAUCGAGAAAGAAGCAGAAUAUGAGGGUGAAUAUGAAGAUGAAAAGGUUGAUGAAGAAGUAGAAGAAGCGUUAAAAUAUAAUGAAGAUGCCACUCAAGAUGCCACGUCGACUCUUAAACCGGCGGUUCGGAAGGAAAUCGAGAAGUUGAAAGAAGCAAAAUGCAAAGACUACUGUCAUCACAACGCGACAUGCCACGUGGAAGUGAUAUUCCGUGAAGAUAGAGUUUCAGCAGUUGUUCCUUCUUGCCAUUGUCCACAGGGUUGGGAAGGCACUCGUUGUGAUCGUCACUACGUUCAGGCGUUCUAUGCCCCAAUCAACGGCAGAUAUAAUGGAAAAACGAAAAAACCAUUAAUUUUUAUGGUUCAUCAUCCAAAUCAAACGAUUUCUACAACGCCUUCCAGUCAAGAUUCUGAAAUUUCUUCUAUUUUCAGUGGGCUUUAUGAGAGAAUUGUGCAAUCUUCAACAUCAGCUAUUCCUGCGUUCGCAUUUCUCAUUGUCAUGCUCAUCAUGUUUAUAACAAUUGUUGUUUAUGCUUAUAGAAGAAUGUCUAAACGAUCGGAUGAUAUGACAUAUACAAUGAGUCAUAUGUGCCCACCAGAAGCAUUCAAUGUCCUCAAAACACCAAAUGGACGACAUAUUCCAGUUCAUCAAAUUCCAUCAUGUUCUUAUACUAUCCCAACACCGGGUACAGUACCUCCAAAUAUAUCAUCAACUCCUGGAUCAAGAAUACCCACUCGUCAACAAGCUAUUCGAAAUAAUGAACAAGCACGGAACAACUUUUUCAGCAUUCUCAGAAGUCAAGGUACCAUUCCAUCCAGGAGUAUCAAUGACGACGACACGCCGAAGCACUACAAGUCAGUGCCACGUGUUGAAGUUUCAGCAAUUAAUUACUCUGGCCACAUUGAUUUUUCAACAGUAUCAUAUCAGUCGACUGAAUCAGAAGUUUCAAAAGCAUCAGUAACAUGUCCACCACCGGCGCACACUGUAAUUAAUAUCGAGUUGGAUUCUGCAGAUACGAAUUUUCGAUCCCCGUCUCGAAGUUCUGGAGAACAAGGAUCACCAGCAACAUGUGAACCAAUGAUUCGACACACAUGAAAUUAUAAUUUGUUUCCUUAUUUUGUCUUAUCUUUUUCUUUUUUCAUCAACUUCUCUGUGCUAUAAUUGUGAUUUACCACUGCUCAAACAUCUCUGGUCUCUUCAAAUUUUUUCGCUUUCUCUUUUUUCCUCUAUUUUCAUAUCGUUCUACAUGUUUUAUAGAUUGCAUUUGGCACCCUAUUAUAUCCCACCCAAAUGUUCUAUAGUUCUCUCACUCUCCCUCUCAGUUCCUGUGACAAUUUGUAUAAUUUUGCCAGUUCAACUCCUCGAUUUCCAACGGGUACAAUAUUUGCAUCGUUUUUGUAAUUUCCUUUGAUCCCUAGUCUCUUCAGGUCCUCGUUGAAAAAACUAAACAUUUAUUUCAUGUUUUUAUUAAUGGAAAAUUGAGAAAAAUCAUAUAGAAAAAAUAUAUAUUUAGAUAGUCAAUAAAAUCCAGGAAGUUUGCACUUUUUACUGGCAUUUUUCCUUCUCUCCGUGAACCUUGAUGUCGAGGGUGACGUAGGUCAUGUCGUAGGUUCCUCCGAUCUUGUCCUCUGGCACCAAGUACCUUCCGAUGCGGACACAGUUCUGGAAUUAUUUUAAUAAAUAUAUUCCAUU